AUGGUGAAAGGUGGAGUUUCCACCAUGACAUUUGGAUUCGUGUUUCUGAAAGUUGUGAGUUCUGCAUGUAUCCGCUGCAAUAACAAGAGUAAGAAGACUCUAAGUUUGACAGAGCGUGAAUUCAUGAAUAUGAAACAAGAUGGAGAAAUCAGUUUCAGAAAACAGGUUCUUAACUUUGAAGUUUUUCGAGUUAUAGUUCAGAUUGGAGGGAAGGAUGUGUGA